CGCGCCCCGGCGCGCGCCGAGUAUGACGUAGCUGUAUUGGUGUUUGCCCGUGAGAACGUUUUCCUCUGUGGGUGUAAGAGGCAGAUCCAGUCCGGAAUGCUCGAAUUACACAUAUAAAACCCUGAAUGUAUUUUCGAAAAAUAAAACAACAAAAAGCCGCGUAGGUUCGCCUUAGUUUGUGGUGACUUUCAGUGAAAACGUAACCUUAAUCUGGUACAGGCCGCCGGGAGAACGUACCAGCAUUCGGAGUGGUGGUCUCGACGGAGAAUGAAGCACAAUCAUCGGCUUCUGUAACUGCAAAAUUCCGGACGUCUUGAUUACUGCAGUUUUGACAUUCAGAAUGGCCAAGCUGCUGAGAGAAAGAUAAAGCUUUUCAUUUUUGUUGCUAAAGGUAAUACCUGCGUAGUCGCAUAUUGCAUAUUCGCUUACCUAUAUAUGGCCGCUUAAGACUUGGUUAGUGAAUUUUGCAUUAAAUAUGAUGUUUUUAGAAGAGCUCGCAGAACAGACACUAAACAAUUGUGGUUGAAGGUUCAUAGGUAAUAUUCAUAUACCUAAAUAAAUGGGCGGGAUCAGUACUCCUCUUUCAUAAGGACUUCUACCUGUCUCUAUAUUAAAUAAGAAAUACAAUAUUAUAUAAUAUAAAAAAAAUAAUGACACACAUUAAGAAUCUUACAUACUUGGUGAUUGAGUAGUUUGAGCUUCAUAGAUCCAUGAACUGUCAUUACAUGGCAUUUCUGGUUAAAUGUUAAUUUUUGCUGAAAGUCCGUAGUUGGCCUUAGUAGACCCAAAUGAACAGACAGGACCAGUAUUUUUGCUCCACACAGAUUUCUCUUCCCUGUCUCUCCAUGGCCUUUUGUGGGGCAUUAGCUCAGGCCCCGAGGUCAGGUUCCCUGGGCUCCCUUCCCCACACCAGCAUGGCCCCCAAAGAUAUCAUGACGAACUCCCACGCCAAGUCCAUCCUGAAUGCCAUGAAUGCCCUGCGCAAGAGCAACACCCUCUGUGACAUCACGCUGAGGGUGGAGAACACAGACUUUCCUGCCCAUCGCAUUGUCCUGGCUGCCUGCAGCGACUACUUCUGUGCCAUGUUCACCAGUGAGCUUUCGGAGAAAGGGAAGUCCUUCGUAGAUAUCCAGGGGUUGACAGCUUCUACUAUGGAGAUCCUACUGGAUUUUGUUUAUACAGAGACAGUUCUAGUGACUGUGGAGAACGUGCAGGAGCUGCUUCCAGCUGCCUGCUUACUGCAGCUGAAAGGGGUGAAGCGAGCUUGCUGUGAUUUUCUGGAAAGCCAGCUGGACCCAUCCAACUGCCUGGGCAUCCGCGAUUUCGCAGAGACACACAACUGCCUGGACCUGAUGCAGGCUGCUGAGCUCUUCUCCCAGAAGCACUUCGCAGAGGUAGUUCAACAUGAGGAAUUCAUGCUGCUCAGCCAGGAGGAAGUGGAGAAGCUCAUCAAGUGCGACGAGAUCCAGGUGGACUCUGAGGAGCCCGUGUUUGAGGCUGUGCUGAACUGGGUGAAGCACAAGCGGAAGGAGAGGGAGCCCUUCCUGCCUGACAUGCUGGAGCAUGUGCGCAUGCCCCUACUCACACCUCGCUACAUCACAGACGUCAUCGAUGCAGAGCCCCUAAUCCGAUGCAGCCUUCCUUGUCGAGACCUUGUGGACGAAGCCAAGAAGUUUCAUUUGAGGCCAGAAUUAAGGAGUGAAAUGCAAGGACCUCGGACUCAAGCACGACUAGGAGCAAAAGAGGUUCUUCUGGUGAUUGGAGGAUUCGGCAGCCAGCAGUCACCUAUCGAUGUUGUGGAAAAAUACGACCCCAAGACACAGGAAUGGAGCUUUCUUCCAAAUAUUGCCCGGAAGCGCCGCUACGUGGCUACUGUGUCGCUAAAUGACCGGGUGUACGUCAUCGGCGGCUAUGACGGGCGGUCUCGCCUCAGCUCCGUGGAGUGUCUGGACUACACAGCAGACGAGGACGGGGUGUGGUACACGGUCGCCACCAUGAACGUGCGGCGUGGCCUAGCAGGGGCGACUACCCUGGGAGACAUGAUUUACGUGGCUGGGGGGUUUGAUGGCAGCCGUCGCCAUACCAGCAUGGAGCGAUAUGACCCCAACAUUGACCAGUGGAGCAUGCUGGGAGAUAUGCAGACGGCCAGAGAAGGGGCUGGGCUGGUAGUUGCCAGUGGACUCAUUUACUGCCUCGGGGGCUAUGAUGGACUGAAUAUACUGAACUCGGUAGAGAGGUAUGACCCUCACACGGGACACUGGACAAACGUAACCCCUAUGGCCACCAAACGCUCAGGGGCCGGCGUGGCCUUGCUCAAUGACCACAUUUACGUCGUGGGAGGCUUCGAUGGCACGGCCCACCUUGCUUCUGUGGAGGUCUACAACAUCCGGACAGACUACUGGACCACUGUGUCAAGCAUGACCACACCGCGCUGCUAUGUGGGAGCCACCGUGCUUCGAGGCCGGCUGUAUGCCAUCGCUGGGUAUGAUGGGAACUCCUUGCUCUCCAGCAUUGAAUGCUAUGACCCCGUGAUUGACAGCUGGGAGGUGGUGACGUCCAUGGCAACCCAGCGAUGCGACGCUGGCGUGUGCGUGCUGCGGGAGAAGUGAACAAUUCAGGAACGCCACCUGCCUCACGGCAGAAAGGAUAAACGAUCUGAUCAGGCACAGAGCAUUGUUGGAUGACGCAUGGUAGUAGGUCCUGCCAUGAAAUGUGUUUGUUCUGUGUUGGAGGUCAAUGUGCUCUCUUCCCUAAUCUGCUUCCACUCCAGCCAGCACCUUUGUGGGACUCCCUGCUUCCCCUGUGCACUGAUGUAAUGCUGUCAUGAGAUUCCUUUUGAGAACAAAGGGGAGGAGAGCUGCGUGUUGAGCUUGUUCAGUUUCAUUCCCUAAGUUGCGGUCCUCUCCAGCACCAUGCAGCCCCCACGUCUGGCCUUUGCUGAGUGGCUGUCCUAGAUUCUGAAUCAGCUCUGUGUGUCUUUACUGCCCUCAUAAAACACGACAGCCUUGAAGCUCAAGCCUCACUCGUGGAGACAGACUCUAGCAGCCGUGCCCUAGGACCGCUGUUCAUGUAGGACUAGAUGUCACUGAUCAUUUUAAUGUUUUUUUUUUAUUUUUAAAAACAGUCGUCAUACUUCUAAGUAUGUGACAUCCUCAGCUGUGUCUUUCUGGGUUGUGAGCAAAUUCGUAUUAAUUUUUUUCCAUGUAAUUGUGCUGGGGUAGGAUUUAAAAAUAAAUGACGGAAGUAAAUAAUGCUGUGUUUGCAUUUUGUAAGAUGAAACUACUUAAAGGCAGAUAGUUGCAGAUGAACUCUGCUUUGCUGCAACAACAGUGAACCGGAUUAAAACUUUCAGCUAUAUCUAGGGAGUUAUAGGUAUUGGCCAUAUACUUGGAAGCUGAUUCACUAGUUGGAGAGUGAGCUGGCCAUCCUUACAUCCUUAUAUAAUAAAGUUCUGAUGUGGACACCUCUAUGCACACUUUUCAUAUUAACAUUACCUACAUGAAAUGGUGGUCUGGCCACUCUGUCUCCCCCCCCCCCCGGAACAGGUAACCUGCCAACAGUUAUGACCUGAGACCAGGGUGCUGCAUUCUACGAAAGCACUGAGCAGGGGACGUUAAGUCAUGUGCCACAACAUGGAUGAUAUAUGUUUACUUUGUACAAUAGUAUUUUAUGGGCACUAUCUCUUGUUUAUUAUCUUGUUAUUGUGCUAUAUGGAUUAGUAUCUGUUUGUUAUCCUCCAGAGACUGCAUGAAAUCUGAGAAUGGUUGCAUCCUGUGCAUUUCUGCAUGCAUUCAUCUUAAUACUAAAAAAGAGGUUUGGUGUAACACUGGCCUCAGUUGACCUGUGAAAAUGUAUAAUAGUGUACAAUAUACAUGUAGUAUAUGGUAUCUAACAGGCAUCUUCAUCAGAGCUGAAAGUACAAGAGGCUACGUUGCUUACCUUGCAUCUCCUUUGAUAAGCCUAUUGCACUUUUGUAAAUAUGUGAACUAUAUGACACAAUAUAAGGUACCAAAUUUAGUCCUGAGUCAUUCAAAGAGAAAGCAGAUAUGGGAAAUUUCUUAGCAAGGAAUCAAGGAAAAGUGAACAUAUGCAUUAAAGAUGUAGGGCUGAAUGUGUACUAUUUUUCUGCGUUCUUAUUUUUGGUCAAUAUUUGUAAUGUUGAAAGACUGCAUUUUUUUCCACAAACAUCAUUUACGGAUCAGUAAUUUAAAGGUGGUCUGUAAAUGUUUUUAACUUGACAAAAUUCCUUAUAGCAAAGGUGGUUUCAUGGGAGUAUUGCAAUAAAGCAAUGUCACCCCUGGGGAACAUGGUCCCUAAACCAAAAUGUCACCCCUGGGGAACAUGGUCCCUAAACCAAAAUGUCACCCCUGCUGCUCACGUGCUGCUGUUUUGAGGUCUGCUGUGUACUACACAUAGAUUUCCUGAAAGUGCAAAAACAUGUUUUAAGUUUUGUCUAUGUUGUGGUUGCUUAAGAUGCAAGGCUAAGUAAAGGUGUUCUUUUGAAAUGUAAAAUUCUUACUAUGAAUAAAUUUCUGCUACUUUCAUAUCUGUUA